AUGGAAGUCUGGACCGAGCACAAAAGCCACUCCGUGGAAGGCCACACCCUCAUCGGCGAACUUAAAUAUAAAGGCCAAACGAUCUGGGGACCCAGAGCCUGCCAUCCCAACACCACACAGCUGGGAAAGGCCCUCACCGACGCUGACUGGCGCUUUGCCAUGACAUUUGAGCACCGGGACAAAUCGGUCGAAGGACAUGUGCGCAAAAUCAGUGUCAAGGACUGGAACGGGAAUCUUCUUCUGGACGGACUUUCAACUCACGACAGCAUGGACAGCUUGGCUAGGGCUGUCAUGGAGAAGGUUAGAGAAGACGGCAAGCCCUAA